AUGACAUUUUCUACGGGGUUACUAGAGAAGAAUUCAGGGAAGUAUCCAGAGAAGAGGCUGGAGAGGCAGGAAACAGUCCUCACUCAAGAAGUCCCAGUUGAUUCUAGGCCAAGGUCCUCACUGUCUCUAGCUGAGCAAGAAGUAGAGAACUGCAAGUGUCUUAUGCAAGCCGCUACGGAUGCUGCAGGCCUGGAUAGUGACCUGCAGGAAAGUUAUAUCAAAGCCUCUAGGAAUCUCGCCCGUUUACAGUUGCUGGAGGAAACAUUUUGGAAGAAAAAAGUGAGGUCGUUAGAUGAUAAUGCUGUCAUUAAGCGUGCAGCGGUGGAUCACUUCGAAGGCUUGAUCAAGGCAGUGCCAUGUUUAGUGACUAAAGGCCUGCUCAAGGUUAUCCUGUCUAAGAUUUCUCCUGACCAGAAUGUCAUGUUGAUGGCUUUGCCGACCAGUUUUGAAGUUCAACAAGCCGUUUUGUCAAUACUAGCUGAUGGCACAGCUAGUCCCGAUGGGUUCCUUGGUUCCUUCCUUGCUGCUUGUUGGGACAUUGUGGGCAAAGACCUGCUUGAUGAAACAACCUUCCUGUUUCAAGGUGGCCCUCUUCUUAGAGCGGUUUCUGCGUCCCAGAUAUGUUUAGUCCUAAAAUCGGCACCGCCUAAGAGAUUCCUAGACUUUAGGCCAAUCAGCCUCUGCAACUGCCUGUACAAGAUUUUCUCUAAAGUUAUUACAGCCAGGUUGAGUCAGGUCAUGCCGCUUCUCAUUUCGGCAGAAAAAGGGGCUUUUGUCAAAGGAAGGUCUAUUACGGAAAACAUUGAGCUAUCUCAGGAGUUUUUUGAGAUAUGA